ACUGGACAUCAAUCUGCUGCUAGAUUGACGGACGUGCUAGACUGACGAACGUAGUUACCGAACACACCUUCUUGCCGUGAAUGGCGCGUCGCGUUGUGUGGGGGCGGGAGCGGCUGGCGUGCACGUCACUUUCGGCAGAACCGUGGGCGGACUGUGGGAAUCGCGGCGUUCUUUAUCCAGGCUGAGCUCAAGAUGUUUCUGAAGAAUGGAGCUGCAUGCACAGUAUGAUGGACUUCCCAUAUAUUGAUGAACAGGUGCCAGAUGAGUCCUCACAGCAGCGGGCGCUGCCGGUAUGCCGGGCGCCGCAGCGGCUGCACAGCUGGUACUCUGAGUCGUCAGAGGACGCGGCCGUCGGUCGCGGCCCAUUCGCCGACGAGAUCAGCGUCAACAACCUACUGGAUGAGGCCGGCAGCUGGUCGGCCUGUGAAGAGGAGGAGGCUGGCCAGCCGGACUGGCCGGUCCCUUCGCAGCCCGACUCUGACCCGGUCUCCACCGUCAGCGACGCCGUGCCCGUCCACAACGGCCUUGGUCAGGCGCCGGACAGCGGCUACAGCGACCAGAGCAGCGCCCAGACACAGGAGUGUGACACGCCAUGCCACGGCCGGUCGGCGGCGCCGACGCGACCGGCGCCGGAGCGCGAGCUGCCCAGUCUGCUGCAGGACGUGCUGGCCGCCGUCGGGCCGCCCAGCUACGUCGGAGACGUCCGCGUUACCGGCAGCAGCGAUGUGGUCAUCGGCAACGUCAUCAAACCGAUCCCGUGGUGUCCCGAGUUCCGACUGCCACUGCAGGAGUACUUCAUCGCGCUCAGCCUGGCGUCCAUGUCGGCACGCGGCGAGCGGGUGUACCAGCCGGUGGAGCUGGAGCAGAUUCUCGCUCCUCUGACGGCGCACGAGGCUGGCGUGCCGGCCCGGCCGCGCCGCAUCCUCGUGGAGGGCGAGCCCGGCUUUGGCAAGAGCACGCUGGCGCUGAAGCUGCUGCACGACUGGGCCACCGACCGGCCGUCCUCCUACCUCUCCGGCUUCCAGUUCGCGUUCCUGAUCCCGCUGUGGGAGUUCAGCGGCUCGCUGUAUAACUUCCUGCACCACGAGCUGCUGCCGCGCCACAUCGUCGGUCGCGACCGCAUGGAGCAACUCUGGCAGUACCUAGCAGAGCACGAGGACCGCCUGCUGGCCGGCCGGCUCUUCCUCAACAGCACGGUGCUGGUGACGUCGCGUCCCAGCCACGUGGCCGACGCGCUGCCCUGGGUGCACCGGCGCCUCGUCAUCCAGGGCUUCGAACGGCCCGACGUGGGCCGCUACGUGCGCCAGUAUUUCGGCUGCGUGCAGCGACCGGCGGGCGUGGCCGGCCUGGAAGCCGAGCUGCGCCGGCGGCCGGCGCUGCGCGAGCUGGCCCGCUGCCCGCUUCUCUGUCUGCUGCUCUGCGUCGUGUUCGAAGACUGCGACGGCGCCUUCCCUGAGAGCGAGGCGCUGCUCUACCAAACGUUGUUCGACUGCCUGAUCCGGAGGAGUCUGAUGCGGCGCGGUGAGAGGCCCGAGGCCGGUGCCCUGCCGCCGCGCUGUCUCUGCCUGCUGCGCCAGUUUGGCAAGAUUGCUGUCCAGCUGUGCCUGGAGGGACGCGUCUUCUACACUGAGCAGGAGAUUGUCAACCAUGUUCCUGACCGCGAGGUGUUCGAGUGGGGCUUUCUGACGCGCGUCGUCAGCGUGUCCAAGGUGCAGAAGCGCGACAUCUAUCAGCCGCUCCACCGCACCUUCACCGACUACCUGGCCGCGCUGUACCUCUCUUCGCUGCCCGACCAGCGCGCGCUUCGCGAGCAGAUGGCGCCUGUGCUGACGCACCUGGAGCGGCUGGACGGCCAGCCCAAGGCGUCGCACGGCGUAAUGGUGAUGCUGCGCUACCUGGUGACGCUACUCAACGACGGCCAGCGGCGUGCCUACCAGGCGUUGGAGCUGCUGGGUCCGCUCGGUCUGCCGCCUCGCACGCUCUUCACCCUGCUGCGCGCGGCCGGCCACGAGCGGCUGGCCACGCAGGCGGUGGCGGUGUGCCUGGCAUCGCAGCAGCACGUGAUGGUGCAGACGGACCAGCCCGGCGAGCUGCACAGCUGGGCGGCUGUGCUGCGCGUCAGCUCGCACCAGGAGAGCCUGGAGGUGGUGUUCCGGCCGGCGGCGCCGGCGCCGGAGCUGGAGCCGCUGCUGCGCGUCGCCUCCAAGCGGCUGCGCUCCAUCAAGCUGUGCACGCUGCUCGGCACGGACAUGACGGGCGACGAGCUGCGCAGCAUGGGCCGCUGCGUGGGCCAGCUGUUACGCCCGGACGCCGCGGCACGCUACCGGCUGGCACAGCUGGAGGUUGCGCUGCAGAACCUCGACGACAGCGACUUCGGCCGCUUCCAGCCGAUCGUGGACGCGCUGUGCGAGGCGCUGCCGGCCGUGCCUCGCGCCGCCAGCCUCAAGCUGGUGCUGGACCUGGACAUGUCGGCUGAACAGAUGGCGCAGCUGUGCGCGGCACUGCAGCGUGCGCACGGCGUGGCCGUACUCUGCAUCAACCACCUGGUGUCGUUUGACGGCUCGAUGCGCGCGCUGGCCGACCUUCUGCACACGCAUCCGCUGUCGGCACUGACACUCAGGAGCGUAUGGCAGCCAGAGCCGCAGCUCACCAGUGCCGUCGACUUUUUCCGCUCAGAGCAGCGGCUGCUGGCGGCCGGCGGCGGCGGCGGCGGCGAGCGGCCGCGCGGCACCAGCCUCACGCGCAACUACAGCCUGGGCCGCGGCGCCGUCGGCUCCGGCGAGCUGGAGCUGGCGUACCGGCUGCGCCUGGGCCGCGAGCCCAUCUGCGACGCGGCCGCGCACGUCGGCGGCUUCCACCGACUGUUCUGCGCGCUCCGCUCGCCCGGCUGCCUGUUGACCUCGCUGAAGCUGUCGCGCUGUCGGCUGACGGCGGCCGACCUGGCCUGUCUGGGCGAGAGCCUGCGCGCCGCCUCGCACCUCACCAACCUCACCGUGGAGAACGUGUCGCGCGCCACCGAGCUGGUGCCGCUGCUGUUCGCGCUGCAGGAGAACACGCGGCUCCAGCUGCUCGACCUGACGUCCACCAGCCUGGUGAUCGAGGACGCCGAGUUCAUCCUGCUCUGCAAGUCGCUGGCGUGCUGCCAGUCGCUGAUGCUGGUCGAUCUGUCCAGCUGGACCUUCAGGCUGGAGUGGGAGCACUCGCUGAUUGUUAUUUUGUUUGACGUCUGCCUGGUCGGUCAGUGGGAGCACUCUCUGAUGGUUGGUUUGUUUGACGUCUGCCGGGUCGGCCAGUGGGAGCACUCGCUGAUUGUUAUUUUGUUUGACGUCUGCCUGGUCGGUCAGUGGGAGCACUCGCUGAUUGUUGGUUUGUUUGACGUCUGCCGGGUCUGCCAGUGGGAGCACUCGCUGAUUGUUAUUUUGUUUGACGUCUGCCGGGUCUGCCAGUGGGAGCACUCGCUGAUUGUUGGUUUGUUUGACGUCUGCCGGGUCAGUCAGUGGGAGCACUUGCUGAUUGUUGGUUUGUUUGACGUCUGCCGGGUCUGCCAGUGGGAGCACUCGCUGAUUGUUGGUUUGUUUGACGUCUGCCGGGUCGGCCAGUGGGAGCACUCGCUGAUUGUUGGUUUGUUUGACGUCUGCCGGGUCGGUCAGUGGGAGCACUCGCUGAUUGUUGGUUUGUUUGACGUCUGCCGGGUCGGCCAGUGGGAGCACUUGCUGAUUGUUGGUUUGUUUGACGUCUGCCGGGUCUGCCAGUGGGAGCACUCGCUGAUUGUUGGUUUGUUUGACGUCUGCCGGGUCGGUCAGUGGGAGCACUCGCUGAUUGUUGGUUUGUUUGACGUCUGCCGGGUCUGCCAGUGGGAGCACUCGCUGAUUGUUGGUUUGUUUGACGUCUGCCGGGUCUGCCAGUGGGAGCACUCGCUGCGGGCGGCCGUCAGCCUGCUGCAACAUGCCGGGCUGCGCGAGCUUGAGCUGGACAACACCACCUUCUGCGUGACGCUGCCGGAGGGAGCGCGGCCUCGGCGCGACGACCUGGCCGAGCGGCUGGCGCGCCACCUGCCGGCCGUGCGCUCGCGCGUCACCACCGUGGGCCUGCGCCGCUGCCUACUGGCGGCGGUCGUUUGCAGCCCGGAGCUCACCAAGCUGCCGGAUGACGAGAUACCGGAGGAGCUGACCGAGCAGGGGUUCCUCACUUGA